AUGUUGCAGCAGGCUGUUUCGUAUGUUAUUUCUAGCUUGGCAAAAAUAGGAGACAUUAAUGCGUGCAAUGUUGAAUCGUCUCUCAGGGAGCGGACGUUGCGCAUCCGGGACAUGUCACUUCGACAAGAUACUUUGAACACUUUUCUUCCCUUCCCUAUACAAUGCGGAAAGGUUGGCGAUCUGCGCGUAAAAAUUCCAUGGCCAGCCUCUAAUGAGCCGCUGCUUUUGUGUUGUGAGGGAAUGGCCUUUACAUUGAAUGGCGAGACUUCUCAAUCUUGCACAAAAGAGAUGACGAGGGAGGAGAUACGGGUUGGUAUUACAGAAGAAAGUAUUCUCGGAACCGUAGUGAGGCCUUCUGUGCCUGUCAAUUCUCAUGAAGAGCAGAGAAGUGCUGCACCGUUGGCGUCUGAGGAAAACGCUGAGGAGCGUGAAACAUCAUGGUCGGCGGCAUUGGAGGAUGAUGAUUACAUGUCGUGUCAGAGUGUCAGUAACACUUCAUUUGCGUCUUGCGAUUCUCAAGAGGAUUUGGCAUCCCUUCCACAGAAUGGAAAAGGUUUUUUUUCGUUUCUUGUCAAUGCCGCCAGUCGUUCUGUGUCGUGGGUCAUGAAUCGACCCAUUCACGUGCAGUUGAAGAACCCCUGUGUUGUGUGGCCGUGCGAUUCACACUCUGACGUGGGCUUUGAGAUUACAGUGAGCGAGAUCAUGGUGAAAAUUGAGCCUACAUUAGAGGCCGGUGCUGAGCUUAUGAAGGUUAUCGUUAUCACCUUCAGUGGGGUUGCCGUGUGUGCAAAUGCUGCUAAGGAGCAAACGCAAAAGAUUGUGGAAAUUGAUCAUCUCAGUAUACGCAUUACCUCCGUGUACAGUUCUGCGGGUAUUCUCUGUCGCAAGAACGUUGCUAUUGUUUUUGACGGCGUAUCCUCGUUGUUUUUUGAUGAGGAUGCAUUGCGGUCUCUCACAAGGUGCGCCGUGAGCCAUGGGAUCAUGAAAGAGGUUCCCGAGUAUUGCCGUCCGUUUUAUAAGCUGCGUUCAUUGAGUUCACGUUGGUCCUACGCCAAAAGUUGUGUCUUCGCUUUUAUACGGGACAGGAGGAGGCGUUACAACUUUAAUUCGUCGCACCUUCACUUCUACGCCGAAGCCCGCACGUCUUAUCUUGCGCUCUUGGAUUACUGCCAUCGCACACGGGACAUUGCGGAAAAGAGGGAGCAAAUGGCCGAUAUUGAGGGUGAUAUUCGCCAUCGUGAUGUGGUGUUAUUUUUGAGGCGCAAGGUUCAAGAGAGAUACUCCACGACGGUACUUGCUGGCAGCACAGGGGCGGGUGUGACACCGCCGCCGACGCAGCCUUCAGAUGCUCGUGAAUUUGUUAUUGUCUCGUCUCUUCACGUGGACGCAAAAAUUACGUGCGUGCGGUUGCCUGCUGAAACAACGGUGUGGCUGCGUGAUGUCGCGUUUGUGAAGCGCCACGGGGAGUUCAAUUUUUCGGUUGGGAAUGUCACGUUGGUUGCGGGGGGAAAGUCUCAGCUGCUACGGGCGCUGGAUUCCGGGGAACCUUUUUUUUCCUUUCAGCAAACCGAAAGCAAUGACAUGACUUUUGUUAGGACGACGUUAGAAGCGUUGCGUUUUAUCACCACAUCUAAUUGGAUGCUGCAAUUGGUUCAACCCAUCAUGGUCGCUAUGCCACACGUUCUGCGGGCGAUUCCAGAAACAAAUUGCAAUGAACCGGAGACAAACUUGAGUAAUCGAUGUGAAAAAACCACAAGUUUUGUUUUCCCAUUGAUAGAUUUUCAUGUGGAUGAUUUGCGGUUGCAGUUGAAGCAACUAUCCCUGACGCAUAUAGAGCGAACAUCCGGUGACUCACGUGUGGGUCUUUUGAUGAAGGAAUUGUCUGUGCGUUUUGGCGAGGAAACGGACGUGCUAUCACCCAUGAAGGUGGAAAUGACUGAAGAGGAGGAUAUCUUGGUGUCUGCGGUGACGUUAAAUGUACCGAAUACGCUAUGGGAGUAUUUGUACCACGU